GCAGCAAGUGAGGUAUAGAGAAUGUGGGGAGAUCAGGUGAUGCAGAACUCUGGAAAAGGACGUUAGUCUUCAAAGUAGGACUGUUUGUUAAAUUCGGCAAAGUCUGCUAUCAGAAGACACGUUUUUCUGAUUGGUUUAUGACUUUAUUCAGUGAUAAUACGAAAAUUCCUAUCUUCACUGAAGGAUCUGAAUAAUCAUUUUAACUCAACUAUAUUGCAUUCUUGAAAGUAAUCCUUUCAAUUGAUCUACUGACUUCACAAUGUCUGAAAUCAGAUUCACCAAUCUCACUUGGGAUCAAGUUAUAACACUGGAUCAAGUGUUAGAUGAAGUAAUUCCAAUUCAUGGAAAGGGGAAUUUCCCCACAAUGGAGGUAAAACCAAAAGACAUCAUUCAUGUUGUGAAAGAUCAACUCAUAGGGCAAGGAAUUAUUGUUAAAGAUGCCAGAUUGAAUGGUUCCAUAGCAAGUUACAUACUUGCAAGCCAUAAUGGAAUCAGCUAUAAGGAUCUGGACAUUAUUUUUGGUGUUGAGCUUCCAAGUAACGAAGAAUUUCAGGUUGUUAAGGAUGCAGUUCUAGGUUGUCUACUUGACUUUUUACCAAAAGGUGUAAAGAAGGAAAAGAUCUCCCCAGAUAUCAUGAAAGAGGCUUACGUACAGAAAUUCGUCAAGGUUUGCAAUGGACAUGAUUGUUGGAGUCUUAUCUCCCUUUCAAAUAACACUGGAAAGAAUUUAGAACUAAAAUUUGUGAGUUCACUCAGACGGCAGUUUGAAUUUAGUGUAGAUUCCUUUCAAAUUGUUUUGGAUCCCAUGUUAGACUUCUACAGUGACAAAAAUGCCAAGCUAACCAAAGAGUCCUAUCCUGUUGUGGUAGCUGAAAGCAUGUAUGGAGACUUCCAGGAAGCAAUGACGCAUUUGCAACACAAGCUCAUAUCUACCAGGAAACCUGAAGAGAUUAGAGGUGGUGGCCUUCUGAAGUACUGCAACUUGCUGGUUCAUGGCUUCAAACCAGCCUGUAUGUCAGAAAUCAAAAACCUAGAACGUUACAUGUGCUCUAGAUUCUUUAUUGAUUUUCCUCAUAUAGAAGAACAACAAAAGAAAAUUGAAUCAUACCUCCACAACCAUUUCAUAGGUGAAGGAAUGACCAAGUAUGACUACCUUAUGACCUUGCGUGGAGUUGUGAAUGAAAGCACCGUUUGUCUCAUGAGUCAUGAAAGAAGACAGAUUCUCCACCUGAUCACCAUGAUGGCUUUGAAAGUACUUGGAGAACUGAAUAUUCUACCUAAUACAGAAAAGGUAACUUGCUUUUAUCAGCCUGCUCCGUACUUUGUGGCUGAGGCAGGGUACCCUACUUAUGUAACAUCUGAGCCACCCCCCAUUAUCUUCCAGCCAUACUACCCACUGCACUUUCAUGGGUCAAAUGGUAUGGGUUAA